GAUGUUACUGGAGACGUACUUACCCAGCAAAAAUAAGUUUCUCUUGCUUCGUACAAUAUUUUAGGAAAGUCGUCAAUUUUUAUGCCGUAGGGUCCCUCUGACUUUCUGGAAAACGUACUAUACGAAUCUGGAAAGCCAUUUAGGAAAGUGUUUUUUUUCCCCCUUCUUUGCGAAAACUAAACCAAAUAUUGGGUGACCCGCUUUGGAUUAUCUUCUGAGUAUCAGCUUCUCUGUUAGCUACCUCAGUUUUUCCUGCUGGUAUAUGGUCUGUGAAGAUGUUCCAUUUUGUACAACGAUGUUGUUUCCAAGUUCCUUCCAAGUUAAUAUACCUUCAAAGAUUUCAACAGCCUAGGAAUAAAUCUUGCUGCUCUCAGAUCUUCCUGCCAAAAUUACAGCUAUUUAAACAGGCAUCUUUGUGCAUAACUAAGAUCCAGGACUUCCAUUCCUCCACUUGCAGUUGGAGCAGAAAGAAGCCUUCAGAAUCUGCAUCCGAUAAGCUGGAUACCCCACUAUUUGACUUGGCAUCACUCAAGGACUCUCCAAAGCCUGCCAUUUAUUUAGGAGUUGCAGGAUUAAUUCCAUUUGUUUCAGUGCCAUUAGUAAUGGCUAUCCAGAAGGUCUCCUACCCAGAGUUGGCAUUUGCUCAAAUUGCAUAUGGUGCCUCUAUGCUGUCUUUCCUAGGAGGGAUCAGGUGGGGAUUUACUCUUCCAGAAGGUAGUCCUGCAAAACCUGAUUGGCUUAAUCUGGCUAACAGUAUGGUUCCUUCAUUAAUAGCCUGGUUUACCUUGCUUUUUAAAGAUCUCACUACAGCUGGAGUUAUGGUUAUCAUAGGCUUAAUGAUAGCCCUGAAUUAUGAUACUGUCCUUCUUCCCACCUAUCCCAACUGGUUUAAAGCCUUGAGAGUAAUUUUAACGAUAGUGUCUGCAUCUGCUGUAUUUGUCACAUUAAUUAUUGUGAAUUACUGUCCAGAAAAAUAUCUAAGUUUUAAGAUGGAGGAAGCAGAAGAUUCUAAGUAAACACCCAGAAAAUGCAGAGCGUUGUGGGAGAAAAGGAGUACAGAACUGAAGCAAUAUUCACAAUGCAUGAAAAUGAACUUGGAAAACUACUGUAACAGAAAAUAAUAGUUGAAUUAUGUAAUUCAUUAAAUUUACAACAGUAGCCAUAGAGAAGUGGAUUAGGAAGGAGGGUAGGUGCUGAACACUUACAGAUGUUUUUCAGAUUAUUUGGUUUUCAUUUGUGUGGCUUAAGUGGAAUUUGGUUUCUCUUAAUUUUUUACCAGAUUUGGUAUAAAUAUGAACCAAUUCACAGCAGUGGGGCUUAUUCUUGAAGUUGAUUCUGGGUAGGUCAGCACCAGGGGUGUGUGAAGCAUUUAGAGUGGUGCUUCACUUAACACCU